UUCCCUUGUAACAACAAGGAAAACUCAUUUGAUUUCCCUGUUUCAAGAGAACACAAUAAAACUUACGGUUUGGAAUUUUCCUUAAUAAUUUUCAUUGAAUUUAUCAAUUUUAUACGAGCGAAAAAUGGUGUCCUUUGGCUGUGUGGCAAAACUUCUGAGCGGCUUCGAGUGCAGAGCAAAUACCUGGGUCAAAGCCGUAAAUCCCGGGUGGUAUGAGGCCCGUGCUAUUCCUAAGACCAUUCUGAUCGAGAAAGUGCGUCAGGUGGCUCAGGCGACCAGGGUGACUCGCCAGCGACCCCAAACCGCGGAGUCGUCAAAGAAGUGCAGCAACCCAAGGCGCCAACCAUAUUUCUAGGCGCCAAAAAGAUAUAGGAACCAAAAAAAGGUUUUAAUUGAUUGAAGUGUUUUACCCCAAUACAGAUUCAGAGUGAAGAGUUGCAAUGCAACCGUAAUCGAUUUCGGCAUUUUCUCUCCAGCGACGCAUGGUCACACCGAGUCGGUGCCGAGUUUUUGCUUCGCGAGCAGGUGGUGUUGUCCAAUCAGAAUCGCCGUCGACGGCACUAAAAAAAUUCCAAUAGAAUAGCCGAGGGCGAUUAUUUGUGUGUGUUAAUGUUAAAUGUUAAAUGCAAAAUUACGCGUCGCUCGCUUCGCCCACGCGAAUCCGAUUGUUCAGUGCAAACAACCAAGUGAAAAUAAUAUGUAAGGCAGAGGCACGAAGCCAGCAGCAACAAAGCGCCAGUGAUAAGCGCAAUAAUAUAAAUAUAAUAUAGUAUAAAUUCAACGUGAAAAGAAAUCUCGCCAGCCAAAGAAAAGCAAAAAUCAGAGGCAAAAACUCGGCGACAAAUGGAAAUAAAGUAAAAUGAAGGAGAGAGGAGGAUAGAAAUCGAAAUGUGUAAGCGGGACCAGAUCGUAUGAAAAAAAAAAAAACAAAGAAAAACGUCGGAGCGAAGAUUAAAUAAAUUUACAAGUGUGUUUUGUA